AUGCAACACAUCUCUGAAUCCAAAUUGUAUCUGAGCAUGCCCCGGUCCCCUCCAGCAGCUGACUCAUACCAGCAGGGCUGCAUCAGGAUGACCCUAGAGAACGCUGAUCUCUGGAAGUCCUUUCACAGCAUUGGAACAGAGAUGAUUAUAACAAAGCAUGGAAGGAGAAUGUUUCCACACUGCAGCAUCAGUCUAUCUGGGCUCCAACCUUUUGCCAAUUACGUCAUCAUGAUAGAUAUGGUGCCUGCAGACAGCUUCAAAUACAAGUGGAAGAAGGAGCAGUGGGAGGUGGCGGGUAAGUCAGAGCCUCAGCCACCUUGUCGGACAUACAUGCACCCAGACUCCCCGGCCCCAGGAUGUCACUGGAUGAAGCAGUCAUUGUCUUUUCUCAAGAUGAAGCUCACCAACAACACCUUGGACCAGCAUGGCCAUAUCAUCCUGCACUCCAUGCAUCGCUACUAUCCCAGGUUUCACAUCACCCAGGCAGACAGUCCUUACACUGUCCGCUGGGGCCCAUUUCAGAACUUCUCCUUCCCAGAGACGACAUUCACUGCAGUGACCGCUUACCAAAACCCAAAGAUCACCAAAUUGAAGAUCGACCACAACCCCUUUGCUAAGGGAUUCAGGGAGGGAGGCACCCAUUCCCACAGCAAAAGGUGUCGCUCAAAUAGAAGCCCUCCUGCAAAAAGAGCUGCACUGGACAGAAAAUCUCUUUGCAACAGUCAUCCAGACCUGCAGAGGAUGCCCUCCCCCUCUCAGCCAGCAGAAGCAGGGAAGGAUCAUGCUUCCACACAGCAGCCAUUGAAGGGGGGUAACCUCUCAGCCGUGGAGCAGGACCCAUCUGAGAGUCUACACGCUGAGCCCCUGGAGCUGCACGAGUAUGACUACAGCUGUGAAGAACAGAUGGUGCCUGCAUCCGUGCCAUAUCAGCCCUACAGAUCUCUAGAGUACGCCAGAUAUCCACUGCCUUCUAAUGACGUAGAUGCAGCGCACAACCUCGUCCACCCUCCACCUCAUCCACUCGCCACAGCUGAACACAACCCCCAACAACAUGGCUACUACCACCAUUCUCACCACCACAGUCAUGCCGCAGAUUGGAGCCAGUACCCACUCUUCUCCUACUCCUGUUGGUGA